GAAUCUUUCGAUAAAGAAAGAAAUGUGAUCAACGAGAACAAGAAUAUCAUUUCCUUUGCGCGCUUGCGAUUGACCAAAAUGGGUCUAAAGCGAGAUGAUUCGGGUUUCCGGUGCCUAUGUGAUAACAGUAAAGUUUACAUCACCGCAAAUGGAUCCAAAAACUCCAUCGCAUUUUAUUUAUGAUGACAUAAAUGAUGUCUCUGUUUGUGGCAAAAAUGACAUCGCUGCUGCAAAUGCCAAGAAGCGACUUGCCUGGUGUUAUCAAUACCGUAACGGGAAUACGGAUGACUGGAAACGUGUUAUUUGGUCAGAUGAAACCGAGAUCAAUCCUUUCAACUCUAGUUGACGUAUUUGGCGACGGAUUCGUGAUGGUGAAAUGAAGCAAACAAGACGUGUCAAGCCAACGAACAGCCACCGCUGCAACGUUCAGGAAAAAAAGUCAGCGCAAAAAAGACAAAGGCAAAGCACCGGCGGGUGGCCAUCGGCGGCACGGUUCUCGCCUUGCCAAAACGCAACCAACAGA